UUCGUUCCUUCUGCUCCUAAUUUCGUUUUCCCCACCGUCUCCGUCGUCCUCCUCAAACUAAAACGUAAACAAAGUAACCGAACCAGGGGGAAAAAAAACAAGAAAAAAAAAUAGAGAAACCAACCACUACCCAAUUCGUCACCAUUUCCCCCAUUUCUUCAGCCAGGAGGAAACCCUCGCAAAGCCAGGGGGAAAAAAAAAAUCCUUCCCACGCCAUGGCCGCCCUGCGAAAUCCUCCUACCACCACCACCACCAACAACAACAACAAUUUCCCCUUGCUGCUCUGCCUCUUCCUCUCGAUUACCACCGCCGCGGCGGCGGCGGCCAAAGCACCCACCAUCUACGACUACCUCAACAGCAACGGCCUCCCGAUCGGGCUCUUCCCGGAGGGGAUAACGAACUUCUCCCUCGACUCGGCCACGGGCCGGUUCCAGAUAAACCUCACCCAGCCUUGCAACGUCAAGCUGGAGAACCAGCUCCAUUACGAUUUCAACAUCUCCGGCCUCCUGUCCCCGGGCAAGAUCCAGGAGCUCUCCGGGAUGUCGCAGCAGGAGCUCUUCCUCUGGUUCCCCGUGAAAGGGAUCCGCGUCGACGACCCCAAGACCGGCUUGAUUCACUUCGACGUCGGGGUGGUGGAUAAGCAGUUCACUUUCUCUAUGUUUGAGAUCCCCGGCCAAUGCAUCGACGGCGGCGAGCAACCUUCUCAAUCCUCCGAUUCCUACUGGUUUCAGGAACGCUAUGAGAAUCAAGGGGUGUUGAGGGCGGAUUCAUAGACCACCACCAUUGGAGGUGGGAGCAAGGGGAUUUUGCUGCUGCUACUGCUGCUUGGCUUCUUGAGGGUGGAGAGAAACCAGAUACUUGUUUGUAAUCACAGAUUUGCCCUGUCUUUGUGUUCUUUCAAGGUGUUGUUUGUUGCUUGCAGUGCGCCUUGCUUUGUUGUAUAGAGAGGUUCUUCUAUGUUGUGAAAUAUGUUGAUGAUGAUGAUGAUGAUGAUGGAGGAAUGAAAGCCAAUGUCUUUGAAGAAUGCAAGUACUGACAAUCUUUAUAUCAAUCAAGGAUCAUAUCUGUAUACAUAGAUUUUGUAUGCAAACAAUCAAUUAGUGCCAUUGCACCAGAAGGUCUGUUCAUAGUUGAAUGUUACUUUAUGUUGGUGAACUCGCUCUACAUAUAUAUAAUCUUAUUAUUAUUACUUUUAUUAUUAUGUAAUUAAUGUUUGAUACCUAUCAAUAAUGAAGCUGAAAUUGUUAAUAAACAGUGAUCAAACACUCAACAGACGACACUGAAAUUAUGAUUAUCAUUAUUGACACUGAAAUUAUGAUUAUCAUUAUUAGUCAAAUGAUGGUUUUGUUCUUCUUUUUUCUUAGUGAUAUCAAUGAGAAAUAAUAGUUAAGCUUGCAAUUCUACCCAGUAUCCCUAAAAGAUUCUACAUAAGUCACCCCCAAGAAAUCAAAAGAUUCUAGCUCUACAAGAGAUAAAAGCAGUGCUUUACGCGCCACUAUAUGGGCAGUAUACUGUUGGCAGAUCUAAGUACCGCCUUAAACUCUAUACAAACAGACAAAGAGUUAAGGAUCUGAAGAUACUCUCGUAACACCGGACCACCAAUCGAGUCUUCUAAGACGCCUUGACGGACUUGGUUGACGACCACUUCGGAGUCGUCUUCGACUAUCACGUGGGUCAAGGAUCUUGAGGCUACAAAGGAGAUAGCAUCCCUGAAAGCUAGAAGUUCAGCAGAUAAGAGUUGACUAUUCCUUGAUGCUGCAACCCGAAAGCCAACAUCACAUGCCCGUCUGAACCACGAAUAACAAGACCAGACACACACCCGGAGGCACUAACAGCUGCGUCAACGUUGAUGUAUGUUAACUAAUAUUAUGAUUUGUUUAAAGCAACUUUUUUCAUUAUGAUUCAGUAAGAUAAAUUGUGUAUUUUAGUCAAAUGACAGAGUAAGAAAUCUAAAUAAAGCGGCUAAAAAUCUAUAUUUUUGAAGAAUUUGAAUUAAUAAGGAACUAAAGUCUUACCAACUACUACUCUACCAAAUUAAUUUCAAACUUUACUUGUAAAAAUUUGAGGGGGUCAUAGCUUAUCCUCAUAUCCUACCAUCAAUGUGCUCUGUCACUGUUCUAGUCUUCAUGAAAUCAAUAACAACUAAAGAAAUUUUAUUUUUAAUU